ACAGAUUCAGACUAACACGGCUACCCCUCUGAUACAAAAAGAGAGCGUACCCUAUGAAGAACUCAUCUGUAAUAUCAAGAACUACAAACACAGCUAUGUAACCCAUGGGUGAGUGUGUGUUAUAGGUCUGCCUCAGUGUCCCUUUCAUAGAGGAUAUGAGUCUGUUACAGCCUCACUGAGAAAGCUUUAGCUUUUAAACUCAAGCUGUAGUAGCUCAAUGUUUAAGUUCUGGAGGUUCUCCAAUUCAAUCCUCAGUGUGUGAACCAAGAUGGCCACAGUGGUUACUACACUUCUACUUAAGCUCCUGAUAUUUACAAAUGCAUUAGCAUGUCACAUCGUGCCACAUUCUUCUUAUUCUCGCUUCAGUUUGAUUUUCCCCCCCUAUCCUUCUAUGUCUUGACUGUUCUUAUUCCUCUGUGUUCUGAAGAUGCUCCUGUCAGGUACAUCAGAUUCUUACAACUGUUUCAGCAGUUCCUGAUUGUUUCUGCUGCUUUCCUUUGUCCCUGCCUCAGAUUUCACCUCACUGCUCUCUGAUAUCCCCGCUAUCACUGUUCUGUGACAGACAUCAGGUGAUCUGAAUGUACAGAAACUAGAGAUGGGUCUGAACCAAAACCCCACAUCCCAAAAUAACUGAACUCUGAGGAUGUUCAGAUCUGGGUCUGGACAUUGCACCUGGCUCCAUUCUAGAAUGGGUCAAUCCAAAAUUCCAGGUCUAGACCCCUGAACUGAGUGGUUCAGGGGAAGCAGGACUUCAGAGCUUUCCAUAUAACAGGCAGAUUAUCACACAGUUUUACUAGUAGGUAAGUAACCGUGACACCAUUCAAAAGAUAGUAUUGGAAACAAUAAGACAUGCCAUUACAGGCAUAAUUCCCCCAAACUUCCCAUUCUAGCUCUUCUUCUUUGGGCAAUUGGGUGUAAUUACUAACCCAUUUUCUUUGCACUCAGUGCAAGAAAACUAGAGAUUUUCCUGUAGUGACUAUGCUGUUCUAAAAAAGUAUCAAUAAACCCCUAAAGUUACAGGACAACAGGUGCUCUGUAUUACUGAAUCAUCCGCUCAGCUGUGGCAAUUCUGUUACAAACCAUCCCCAGAAUGCUGACUGGUUCCUGGAAGAGGGGAGAAAUUUCAAUUGGUUGGAGAGCCCAUGACAAGCACAUCCAUCCUACUCUGAAGAGUAUUAAUGCCAGAUGUGGAAUGUAACCCAGACUCUGGGUUCAGUGGUGUUUAAAUUGUUAGUUUAUAGUGAAAUUUAGAUCCAGCUAUGAGUAGUAGUGUGAUGGAGUCUCAGUUGUGUCAAAACUUUCAUCGUGAAUGCAUGGCUGCCAUCAAUCGGAUGGUGAACUUGGAACUGUAUGCUAGCUAUGUAUAUCUCUCUAUGUCCUAUUACUUUGACCGUGAUGACGUGGCCCUGAGGCACGUGGCCCAGUUCCAGAGGGAGCAGUCCUGCAAAGAAAGGGAACACGCAGAGAAGUUCCUGAAAUACCAGAACAGACGAGGAGGACGUAUUAUCCUGCAGGACAUAAAGAAGCCCGAGCGGGAUGAGUGGGGGAACAGCCAGGAGGCCCUGCAAUGCGCCCUGCAGCUGGAGAAGACGCUGAACCAGGCCCUGCUGGACCUGCACAAGCUGGCUACAGAGCAGAAUGACCCCCAUCUAUGUGACUUUCUGAAGUCUGACUACCUGGAGGAGCAGGUGAGGGCUAUCAAGCAGCUGGGAGACUAUCUCACCAACCUGAAGCGCCUAGAAGUGCCCCAGAAUGGCAUGGGAGAGUACCUGUUUGACAUGCACACCCUGCGGGAGAGCUGCUGAACUUCACUCUGAGAUACUGCCUAGCUUGGUGACACCUCUGUGCACAGAGAAGAUGAAUUGACUGAACGCUAAAUAUUGUGAAUAAAACAUGGUUUUCAGUUGUAACUUGAUUUUUUUUGG